AUGAAUGCACCAGAUAGAUUUGAACUGUUUCUGCUAGGCGAGGGGGAGUCGAAACUAAAGAUCGAGCCGGAUACGAAAGCACCAAAUGCGGUUGUAAUAACCUUCGAGAAAGAGGAUCAUACACUGGGGAACCUAAUUAGAUCAGAGCUACUGAAUGAUAGCAAAGUACUAUUCGCCGCAUACAAAGUCGAACACCCACUGUUUGCGAGGUUUAAAAUGAGAAUCCAAACUGUGGAAGGAUACGAUCCAAAGGACGCCUUGAGAAAUGCAUGCAAUGGUAUAAUCAACAAACUAGCUGUGUUAAAAACCAAUUUUGAGACGGAAUGGAACUUACAAACUUUGGCACAUGACGAUAAUUUCGGCAUAUAG